CUCACCGAAAUUUUGCGAAAGCGAGGGCGCAUCAAUGGCAAAGUUCUCGAACAGAACAUAGCGAUGACAGUCAAUGCUGUUGAAACCUCCAACUUGCCCAUCCACUUCAAUAAGUCCUUGAAUCGCUUCAUUUAACUGCGACCAGAAAACGACUAACAAACCGUAAAAUGUACAAAAUAAUUAAUAACAAUCUCUACCGGUUCUCUCAUGCGCACGGUGAUCAGCUGGUUAUCAGUGCUGCGUAGCUUAAAAUUUCUUCCAGAUUGAUCCACCUGUGCACAUCAACCCAAACACACAUAAGCAACAACGCGAUGUUUACAAAGGUUCUCGGAAGGAGUCUACCUGUUCAACGGUUCCAAUAAUACUAACAAAUUUUCCAGCCAUUCCCUGCAGAAGUUCACCAUUUAAACGCCCGAUGGCAGUCUGCUGUCCCGAUGCGAUCAUUGUGGAGGCAACCGACACCCGAUUCUAUCUAACUUUAAAGACGGUCUCCUAUUGAGAAUGACGAAACGUUCAAGAACAGAUUUAAUGCCACCGGAGUACUUUAGAAUACGAUCUGAGAAACUGCUCUUCGACAGAAUCGUCUCAACUCUCAUAUCCAACCACAUGGAAAAAUCACAAAAUGUGUGACAACCGUCAAACGGAAGAACUUACCUUUAGUCCGAGCGUACGUGGAUACGUGGAUCUUGUGGUUUUCUGUUGUGUACUUACUCAAAAUUAAAACUGUCACAUAACAGGUCACCGAUAUUAUUAUUAAAAAAUCCUCUGAAAUAUAAAAAAUCAAUUUCAGAAAUUCUUUUUAUCAGUAAAACUGAAAAGACGUUAACGUUUAAAGUAACUCCCUGUAUAGGCGGCUGAAGUCACCGCAAGUCGGAUGUAAAGCGAGUGCGUAAAGCUCGCGACACUUCUCUUUGUCCAGUUCAUUCAUGAAGGGGCUUUGGGCGGUACAACACCCAAGGACUCUGAUUGGCUUUACACGGACAUCCGCUCAGCCGUCGCUUUGAGCUUCAAAGGGCAACGAAGAUCGUCAAAUUUUUUCUCAUUUUGUGUUUUUGCUGCAUCAUUUGCACAGUGCACUUGCUUUUGAUUUGUGUUAUUUUGAUUUGCACAUGUUUAAGUUUUAACCCAGUUCGGUAUGUUUUAUUUGGACUGGUAAUUCCUUUGCUUGGACCCAGCAGAAAAUUAUCUGAAGAACGUGAUUUUCGUGGUUCGAAUGAUUUGACGUGCAUAGAGAGAACAUCAAGAUUCUGCUUCUUUCGCAUCAUUCCCGUCCUGGCUUUAACCAGACCAUCGUCUGCGUUAACCGCACGGAAUGCAGAACACCGGCCCAGUACAUCUGCCGCGCAGUCCACAAUUACCAGAGCAAGUUGUUCAGGAAAGUACGGGACAUUCGAGAGAUGCAGAGAUGGCCAAUACGACGAGUAGAACGCUUCCCGAUCCCCCUCCAGAUUUGUUUCAGGCCGAAGUUAUUUUGCGUGCCACGACCAUCAACAGCAUAUUUAAAUUAUCCUCAAGGGACAACUUCAGAUGUAAUUUGGAAGCUGUUGCUAGCUUUCCAGUUGGCAGAUUUUGCACAUUAAAAUCUAGCGGACCGCGAUCCGGUGAUGCGUCGCUGGAAAUGUGUUAUCCAGGAUUUAACGGGAAAUGCACAGUCCAAAGAAACGGUUUUGUAAAAUGCAACGGACAGCGGAGUAUCGAGGAAGCUGUUGUCCUAGCAAAACGGAUUGUGUGGGAUUUCAUUCACUUGAGCGGCGACAAAUCCCUUAAUUUAUGCGAACAUAAAUUUUCCAUCAUGAUGUUCGAUGGAGAAUUCCCAUGGAAGGUUAACCUGAUGAAAAUGAAGGGAAUGCACUCGGAAAUCAAAUAUGAGCCGCAGGUGGGCUCUUCUCAUGCUGUUGCUCGUUUUAAAGAUCUUGAUGCCCAUCUGAAUUUGUAUCAAUCCGGAAAAUUUAAGCUAUUUUGUUCCGGUGAUUGUGAUCCGCUUAACCCAGCGAUUCCUAAGGCUCUGGAGGCUGUGCGGCGUUUGGGUAGUCUGGCAUCGCGGUACAUCAUCGCCGGUCCUGUCGUACAACAAAUGGAGGACGAAGAGGAGGAAAUGAGGGAUAUUCAUACUGGAAAUUCACCGCAGCGCCGACAAUCGGUGAUGGUGCCAAGGCGUUCCGAUCGGCUGGCGGCAUUAGGCAUAUCGCACUCCCCUGAACAUGUCAUCCAUCGAGCCAGAACACCGGACUAUAUUUUAAUACAAACGUUAGACUUGCUGAAUGAGAAAGAAGACGCUCUGUAUGAGCUUUUUAAGGAGUUAGCCAAAAGAGUAUUUCGUCGUGAUAUGGUGCGAACCAUUCAGGGAGUAUUCCGAUCGAAGAAGGAUUGUGUUGAUUCCGCAUCAUUGAGGGAGGAGAUCGAAAAAGUCAGCGAUGUAUUCAGCAUGAGGAGCACGCUUGAUCCGGCGGUUCGGCCUAUUCCGGAAGGCUCAGCUCCCCUGGUUAGUAAGCAAACAGCUUCUGCCAACAAGUUGAAGACUCCACAAGCCACUGGAGAAAAGCGUAAGCGAGGAAGACCGCCGAAAUCGAGCCACUAAUGAAGCGUAUGGAACACUCUAUGUACACUGUUUGUCAAUUAUGCCCAAAACAAUUUGAGCCGAUUUGGGAUACUUAAUAUUGGAUUAGAUAAAUUUUAGUUAAAUGAAAUUAUUUUGGAUAAUCUUUCGUUGGAAAUCUGUGAAAGCUGUUCUAAUAAGAACGUGAGAGUGAAGGAAAGUGAUGUUGUAAUUUCUUUACGGUACUUGAAACAGCUAUGUGAGUUUGAUCGCCCAAAAGUGAUA